ACUCCUUUUGUUUCAUAGAAGGGAAUCAAACACUGGUGUGUUUUUAGGGAGAUCUGUUCAAUGGAGCCUUCGUCCUCUUCGCUUCAGGUGGAAACAGCAGAGCGGAAACAAUCUAGUCCCCUCCGAAAAAUGUUUGCUGUUUCUUCCAUUGCUGCGGGAAUCCAAUUUGGAUGGGCCCUGCAACUCUCUCUCUUAACACCCUAUGUUCAGACUUUGGGAGUUCCUCAUGCCUGGUCCUCUUUCAUCUGGCUCUGUGGCCCCAUUUCUGGGUUGGUUGUGCAGCCCAUUGUAGGGUACACCAGUGAUAGAUGCACUUCCCGUUUUGGCCGCCGCCGUCCAUUCAUCAUGAGUGGUGCGCUUGCCGUUGCCAUCUCUGUGUUUCUCAUUGGCUAUGCGGCUGAUAUAGGACACGCCACCGGUGACGAUUUAACCCAAAAGACGCGUCCACGAGCGGUGGCCAUUUUUGUGAUUGGCUUUUGGAUCUUGGAUGUUGCUAACAACAUGCUUCAGGGUCCAUGCCGAGCUUUUCUCGGAGAUCUUGCCGCUGGAGAUCAGAAAAAGACCAGAACUGCCAAUGCCUUUUAUUCGUUCUUCAUGGCCAUUGGCAACGUUCUUGGCUAUGCCGCUGGCUCCUAUGAUAAACUCCAUCGUAUUUUCCCGUUCACUGAAACCAAGGCGUGUGACGUGUUUUGUGCAAACCUGAAAAGUUGUUUUUUCUUCUCAAUACUGCUCCUCCUUAUUCUUUGUGCUAUUGUUCUCACUUGCGUGGAGGAUCCACAGUUAAAGCUCGGUUCUGGCAACACUAACAACGGUGAAAACCAAGACGUUCAAACUGGACUGUUGUGUUCAUGUUUUGGUGAAUUGGGUGCUGCCUUUAAGGAAUUACAAAAACCAAUGUUGAUGUUGAUGCUUGUAACCGCCAUUAACUGGGUCGCAUGGUUCCCUUAUAUGUUGUUCGAUACUGAUUGGAUGGGUCGUGAGGUGUAUGGCGGUGAUGUGGGCAGUCCAGCAUACAAUGAUGGUGUGCAUGCAGGUUCAUUGGGGCUCAUGUUGAACUCAGUCGUUUUAGCUCUGAUGUCAUUGGCGGUGGAACCAAUGGGUCGUCUUGUCGGAGGAGUUAAGUGGCUAUGGGCAAUCGUUAACGUUAUCCUUGCCGUUGGCAUGGCCAUGACGGUGGUGAUCACAAAUGCUGCACGUAACGAACGGAGGCAUGACGGCGUCAUGGCUGGUCAUCCUUCUACCGCUGUUAAAGCUGGCGCAUUGAGUUUCUUCUCCGUCCUCGGAAUCCCUCUAGCGAUUACUUUCAGUGUUCCAUUUGCUCUAGCAUCUAUAUACUCCAGUGCUUCAGGUGCAGGCCAAGGUUUAUCUUUGGGCGUCCUCAAUGUUUCAAUUGUCGUGCCUCAGAUGAUAGUAUCAGCAAUAAGUGGACAAUGGGAUAAAUGGUUUGGUGGUGGUAACUUGCCGGCGUUUGUGUUGGGUGCGGUGGCUGCUGCCGUGAGUGCAGUGUUAGCUGUUAUUCUGCUGCCAAAUCCGAAGCCAGCAGAUGAGAGCAAAGCUUCUGUUACCGUGGGGGGUUUCCAUUAGUAUAAGGAAUUUACAUGUUUAGCUUUCUUACCCUUGUUUUUGACAUGGGGAAAUAGACCUUUUAUUUAAAUUUGUUACAUGUCUAUUGUUUAAAUGUUAUUAUACCUAAGAUAAAAAA